AUGAAGCCAUCAGCAUGGCGGCUCUCAAGUGAAGAGAGAUGUCAGUUGUCAUGGUUACAGCUGACUUUGAGAAGCUAUCUUCAUUAUGCGAGCGACGGGGACAUGAAGCAGCCACAGGAGAUUCAUCAGGAGGCUGAAAGUGUGAAAUUGAAGCUGGAGGCAUACUUCAAUGGAGGCUCCCCCAAUGUGACAAAGAGUUUCUUCCAGAGUGAUGAGCUGUGGACAAUCUUGCAUCAACUACAGAGUUUAUAUCGUGACCUGCUGAUCAAAGAUGUGGAGCUUGCCUUGGAUAGGAGAGUGGAGCAAGACUUAUGGAAUCAAGUUUUCCGAAGUCAAAUCACAUUUUUGCAGAAAGAAGCCCGUGACAAAAAGAACCCAAGACGAGGGGAUAGUAGUGCUCUACUUCGCUGGUUCAUAGACUCUGCAUCAGGCUUCUACACUCUUCUGAUAGGAGACCUAUGCGAUAUCUUCAACAUUGGCCUUCCAUUCCAUAGUCAAGGAGUUGGGCAACCUCUCAGCGAUGGGAAGGGUGGAACAUCUCUUCAGAAAUCUGUCUGUUACUUAUGCCAGUACUGCUUGACCCACCUUGGUGACUUGGCUCGUUACAAGGGAAAUCUGGCUCUUGCUGAGAGCUACUACAGGCAUGCCAUAUCUAUGGUACCAUCUGGUGGUCAGCCAUACAAUCAGAUUGCACUUCUCAAUGCAACAAGAGGUGAUUCCCUUGCUGCAGUCUUCUACUAUGUCCGGAGUAUGUCUGUGGCCUAUCCAUUCAUUGCUGCUAAAAGCAAUUUGGAGAAAAUGCUCUCACAGUUUGUCAGCGACAGCAUUAGGUUGGGAAACAAAGUGAGCAUGUCUGGUGAGGAGUACAUGUCUUGCUUCUUGAAACUUCAUGCAUUGAUCCAGCAUCCUCCACCAAAUUUCUCUGAAAUGGAAGAUCUUCAGAAGGCCUUGGCAUCCCGACUUCCCUCCUUAAUUGCAACAGCUGCCCUCCCACUUCCAAGACUCAUUCAGAUGGUGGGGAUCAACCUGCAUGCUGUUGAUCAACUUUCAAAGCAAGGAAGUUUCCAUAUGAGCAUUCCCAAUGGUCAUGCAGAGGAAUGGUCUCUUGCACCUAAUGGGCAUUCUACAACUCAAAAUCCCAAGAUCACAUCAGAGAAGAGUGCAACAUUGAUCAUGGAUCUGCUAGCAGCUAUGCUGAGUAGCAUGCUCCUCCCCACAUACACUAUCAAAGCAGGGGAUAGCAUGCAUGACUACUAUGCAUUGCCAGCAGUGAAACUGUUGUUGGACUGGGUGCGCUGUAAUCCAGAUGUCUUGGAAACCCCUGCCUUCUCAACCCGCCCUCAUGUGUGGCCAAGUCUUUGUCACCUCUUGAAUGAGCUGCAAUCCACUGUAUAUGAUUUCCCAGCUAAGGACUAUGCCUCUGUUCCAUUGCCUGAGGACCAUAUGAUGGUUGGAUUCCUUCCUCUAAAUAAGGUUUUGAGAUGCUACACAUAUUCCACAAAACAAAAACUAGUAAAAAAGACUGCAGACUUGCUUCGUGGUGCCAGAUUGACAAGUUUGGGUAGAUGGCUGAGUCAGCAAACUGUAAGCAAUGUGAAGAUUAUUGAAGUUCAAGAGCUCAAUGAAUCACAAGCUGAAGAAGGUUCAUCAAUCAACCAGGAAAAUCCUGAGCUCUCAGAUACUUCUCACAAACCACGUGGUCUCUGCUUCAAGCCUGUGGCCAAGCAAGUAUCCUCAACUGAAAUGCUUCAACAGCUGCAACAGCUUAGUGCUGACCCCAAGCCCUCCCUAUCAAGCAAGCAAGGCCAUCUGAAUCAUGGUGAUAAUUCUGGUGGUCUUUUACAUUUCAACCCCCCUCCUGGAAAGGAUUUGAAUUCAAUUCUGGAAGGAGGAAACCAGACUCCACCCAUGCCUCGAAUGGGAAUCCUCCGAAACCAUGCCAAGGCAGGCACUGAAGAUACUGGAUCCAAGUUAGGAAGGAAGGGUAUGAAUAAUGUAGCCCUGCAAACCAUUCUCAAGAAAUCAGCCAUGGCAGAAAAUGUAUCAAACAAGCAGGUGACAUUCAAGACACCAUCGCCAAGUUCAUCAGAAGUCAGCUUGGUCGAUGAGUCCCUUGCAUCUCCUCAACCUCCAUCAAUUAUGACUACCAACACAAUUGGCUUAGCCACCAGUACUGCUGCAUCAUUGAGAUCCAAGAACCUGCCACCACUUCUUGCUCCACACUUUAAUGGAGAACCCAGCUCAACCUUCUCUUAUCCCCCACCCAACAAGAACCAGUUCAUCCAUGAGGGAAGACAGGGCUUCCCUCCACUACCCAAUGGGGACCACCCAUCAUUCCCCACCAGUCCCAGUGAUGACUUAGACUAUAAUCGUAAAGAAAGAAACGAACAUGGCAACAGUAGUAACAGAGGAGCUGCGUUUCCAAUCCAUAUCCCACCUCCACCUCUCUGGUUUCGUGGUGGUCCCCAAGUCUUUCAUAUGAAUGACACCAACAGUUCCCAGUUCUCAGGUGACACUGACAAAACAAAGGUUGAAAAUCAGGGUCUUGGCACCAUGGGUUUGAACAGUGGACCCCCAGUCUUCUAUCCAGACAUAAGCAACAAUUCCUGGAUGCAAGGCUAUGGGUCACCUGUUGUCUCCAACCUUCUCAGGACCCAAGUCAGUUCUAAGCACCCACAGAAUCAACAGCAGCCCCUCCUACCCACAUCUUAUGGAAACCUGAAUCUUGCUCCUGGCAAAUCCAUUUUGAAAGAGAGUCUCAUGGGACGGCCAGGAAACGGUCUUGGACUGACAAUUGGGGAUUCACGCAAUGGGCCAUCUGCUCCUCCAUCCUAUUCACUUUUCAGCUCUCCUUGGGGAAACUCCAACCUCCUUAACUUUGGAUUGACAGAUACUUCACUCAACCCACCAAUGCACAACGUCAGCCUUCAUUCCAUAUGGAAUACACCAGGCUUGACUCCAUUGGAGAAACUGUUGGAGCAGCAAAAAGGGAAGAAAGGGGGUCCACCCCCAUGAGUCCUUGUCCCAAGUGAGCCAUCAAUCGGUCAUAUAUCGACAGUGCUAAGUUUCCAUGCUCCUCCCCCCCACCACCACUCUCCCCCAGUGGGUCAGAGAGAUCUUCACGAUCACCGUCUCUGAAGGGAUUCGCCUAGUCUCUCACACGCCUGUGCUGGAAUCAACUUCGGGUAUAAUCAUCUCCGUCAAUUGGGAUCUUGGAUGGAAAUAUGCAAAGGGGGGAGCAACCAAAUCAGUCAUGAAAGAAGAGAAUGGAUUGAUCUCCUCAUCAUCCUUCUCGUCAUGAUACAUGGGAGAGGAUGACACUAUUGAUUUGCCAUACUGGGAGGUACAUCCCAUUGCCAUUACGUCAUUCUUAGUUUGCAGCACUUGAUUCUACUGUAUGCUGUUGAUUUCAUGCGUUUUGGAUUCCAUGACCCAUGGAACUUCUUUCGCUAUACAAAUUUUUGUAGCCGCACCAACUGAACUUCGUGAAAAACCUGUAGUCUUUGGUUCUUCCCCUGUCAUAUGCCAUG